UCGAGCUCCUCGUCAAAGCGAGAAAACAACGCGUCAACGGCAAAGGGGAUCUCGAGCAAAAGAAAGAUUGUCGCGGAAUCGAAUUUUCUCGUGGAACAAAGCGGCGAGACACGGAACGCGAUCGGUGAAACUCGGGUUGAUGCGUUAAACGCGUUCAGAAUGAUCCGGCUCGAUCUCGAGGGCAAUCUCGACCUCCGUUUCACGUAUGGGUCUCGCGUCGUCCUGGCAUAAAAUUGCAUCUGGAAUUUUUCGCGAGAUCUCGCCUCUCUCGCCCUCUUUCGGCCCGAAAGAGGGCGAAAGACGAGGUCGGUAGUCGUCGUGUCGUGUGACCGACGUGACAUUUCGCCCAAGGGUCGGUGUCGCGGCGGCACCUCUAUAACCUGGAAGGAGAGGGUGAGACCGCCUGCACUCGACGUUCGUCGUAAAUGCACCCCCGACAAAGCUAUCGAUAGGUACACCUUCACAAAGGCGAUGUCGAUCGUGGCAACCCUCCCUCUCCCUUUUUGAAACGGAUACGGGCGGCGCAUACGUAAUGCGUAAUAUCUCUUUCAUUUAAACCGUGGCGAAACCGGCUUUAUCGAGGCUUUGUUGCAACCAACGAUUCUCUUUCACACGCUCGACCUGUAAACGUGCUGUCCAUUACUGUGUUCCCGGGAAAUGGGAAGUAGCUAGAGGAGAGAAAUAAGUCGAACGGCGGAGAGUUGGAAAAAGGAGAGGGUUAGAAUUCGAGCGAGCGUGAAAUUUGCCUCGAGGGAGAAGAGAGCGUGGUGGGAAACGGCGGUGCCGAGAUUAAUUUCGAGGAAAUCUUGGAUUGGAUCUGCUUCGGUUUGCCGAUCAUUGCGCUACCGAGAUUACUCUGAUUGGCGUUGUUCAAAGUUCGGAAGAGAAGAGGAUUGAAACGAUGAUGAGAAAUAAGAAAAGAAAUAACGUUCGAAAGUGUGCAUCUUGUAAAUUCAUUUACCUUAGUCGAUUACACUUGCGAUUAAAUUCUUGCCACUUUGAAAUCAUUGAAAAAGUCCUCGAUGAAUCCACCCAAUCUUUUUGUCACCUGUCGAUUUUUUACUCUUCCUUACGCCAUCCAUAAAUUAUUCACGCGUAUCAAGCAUACGAAAUAUCGGAGAAUCACGUUCGAAGAGCAUCCGGAAUCUAUCGAAUCCCAUGGAAAAAUUACGUGUUCCCAACUUGGACGAUUCAUCAUUCAAGUGCAAUGGUGAUGCAUCGAAGCGGCCGACGUCUCGUUCAACUUUCUCGACUCUCUCGCGUAGAUCGGUCAUCGUAUCGGCUAUUCAUUUCGUGCCGGUAUCGUUGCCCUUGUACGUGUAGUACGGGCGUUUAAGAAUUUCGUCACGUUUUUUCGUGAGAUCGAAAUGACACGGAUUUCCCGCGAAAUCUCUCAUUUCGGGCUGAUGGACAAUUUUCGGGGGAUCGUAAGUGCUCGUUCCUCGCUCUUCAACUUUUUACGAUGUCGCAUCCAAUCUGGCCGACACGCAUUCAACCAGCCAAGGCUACCACGAAUAUUCCGAAUCUACGAACGAGCGUUUAUUUAAGAUCAACGACAAAUCCGACCAAUGCUUGUUAUCCCAUCGAUUCAUCUUGACGAAACGAGGAGACACGAAAUAAUUUGUACCGACAUUUAUCGAUACGUCAUGGAUGGAUAAAUGGUGAUGGUGUGAUCUUGGAGUUUUUAGUUCGACGAUCUUUUUCACGAUUGAAGGAAUAAUUGAAGAUUUUUAGAGAGAAAAAUCAUAAAUAUCUCGGCAUUACUUUUAAUCUUUCAGAAAUUCGCUCAAAUAUAAUUUCGUAAUCUUUGUCGUAUAAAUAAUAAUUCCGACUAGAUAAAAGAAUUUAAGUGAGUUCUACUGAAUAUUCAUGGUUUGUUAAAGUUCACGUGGGCGAAAGAGGAAGGAUUUACCGAUAUUUUUCCACCAGAAAUUUCGUUUGCAUCGCGCAAAGAGUUUUUGUUUUGCUCGGUCAACGUAACAACGAUGUCAAACAAUAGAGCGUCGGUCAAUUUGCUCUCCGUAAAAUAAGGCAUGAUUGUCAGAUGGAUCGAAUUAAGCGUAAUUGACACGUCCCUCUAGCAACGUGCAAUCCCGACAGAUUGCACUCGCUGCAGUUUGUGCAUCGUUACGCAACGCGCUGUUGCUCGAUCUGCAUUCGCAUUGGAUGGAUUUAUUUCUCGUUUAUAAUCGUGUAAUUUAAAAAAAAACGCGAUGCGUAAAAGCGAAGAGCGUUACAAGACGAAUUACAAGAGAGAGAGAGAGAGAAAGAGAUAGAAAAAAAAGAAAAAAGAAGAAAAUGUUUCUCGAGCGCUAUUAUAAAUAGAUGUGACACGAAGCGACGCUUAUGACAUCGACGAAGAUCGAAGAGGAUUGCGUGAACCUUUAUAUCGGUGAACAAACAAACGAUGAAAGAAAGCCCGGAGGAAAGAAAUCUGGAAAUAUUUGAACGCGGGUUAAGCUCGAGAUCAAAGCGAUAAGGAAAUAAAUUUAUCGCCGAGGCGGAAAAUAAAACGCGAGAUUACGCGGGGUUUAUCGUCGACUUGGACAUCGAAAGAUUUACGGAGCUCGUUAGCAAAAAAAAAUAAAAAAUAAAAAAUAAAAAAAAAUAAAAAAAUAAAGCAAACAGAAACAGAAAAAACAAAAGGAAUGUUAUAGGUGGAACAAUGGAAUAGACGAACACGGAGAUAGCAAAAGAAAAAUUAAAACCAGAGAAGAUGUGGAACGCGGGAGAAGAAAGAUAAAAAUAAAGAGCAUAUAAAGAAUGAGAAAAAAGAAAUACAUAUGAUGUGUGGCGAUCUCGUGCAACGAUACGUUUCACCGAACUCAUCAGUCGUCGAAUGUAAAUUUGGCUCGAGGGACGAUAUGCAACUGCGGUUAAUACAUAACCAAGGAAAGGAUUAUGCUAAAAGAACGGAUCACGUACGUGUAUCGGAAAUUGCGAAAUUGGAAAAUUUAUGAAAAACUCCAACUGUACGUACGGAUGUAUAAAUGUUUAUGGAUGUGUAGGUAUCUCGAUAUCUGGGUAUUUAUAAAGUAAUCGAAGCCAACGUUAACCUCGCGAAAUAUGAAUAGUGUGCAUGCUCGCUCGUUCACGAGCUUUUCCUUUUGAAGAAGGAUCUAAGUUUCUUCUGGGGAUAUCGUGACGGACGAUAAUUUACCGGAAAUACGAUAAAUUUCACGUUAAAAUCCAGCCAGAAAGGAUUUACGUUCGCGAGCUUUCAGAGGGGACUUUUCGCGCCUUGUACUUUGCUCCUCUUCGAUUGAUCUUUCUUUACUUUUUUUCUUUUUUUUCAUUCAGUAUCUCGCUAUGCAUGUCAGGCCAUUUUUUAUUUUAUUUUAUGACGAUGUAUAUGAUUUACUUUUUUAUCCUCGAAAGCAACGAAAUAUUAUUAACGAAAGAUUAUUUUCAUUAAUGAGUUACUGCAUUUCGCUCGUUUGAGAUAUUUUAGGAAAUUUUCUAACUAAUUAGAAUAAAAGGUGAAGAUUCGUUUAUAUGUUAAAAUUGAAAAAAAAAUGAUAAUAACUUUUACGCUUUAAAUGAGGACAUUCAAAUUACGCGGCAUCUCUUAUGAAAUUAUAAAACUUUUUGUAGAAUAUUCUUUCAAAUUUUAUUUAUUUAUAUUUUAAUUAUUUAUAUAUUUGAUUAUAUGAUUUCUAUGAAAAAUUAUUCAUAUGGCAUUAAAAAAAUAUCAGGAUUACAUUUAGUUUUCUCGUAAAUGCCAUUGAAAUUCUUUCGUUUGAAAAAUUUUAUAUCGAAAUUGUGUAAUUCAUCAAGAUUAGGAAAGAUUAGGAAUUCAUCUACGUAUUUUCAUAUUCAUCUACGACUGAAAGUUACAAUAUAAUAUUAUAAUUUUUCUCUGUCUAAACGAGGAUAUUCAAAUCACGUAAUGCAUCGUAUAAAAUCAUAAAAUUUUCGUAGCAUUUUUUUAAAAUUCUUUUCAUCUUUAUUUUAUAAUUUUUAUAAUUUUUAACUCUUUUUACUAAGUAAAGAAUAAAAAGGUAUUAAGAUAACGUUUAAUUUCCUCGUAAACGAAUCAUUUCAUUUCGUCCAAUUGAAAUGAUACUUUAAAAAGGAAAAAAAUUAUCUGAUUAAUUUACAAAACGAAAAGUACAAGAUUCACGUGUACCUAUUUUUUGAAAUUUGCAAAAGUGAUAUUACUUCCUACUUUCCUACAUGUUAAUUUCUCUAAACGGGAAUAUUCAAAUCACAUGUGCCCUUCGUAAAAUCAUAAAGCUUUUGUAGGUUUUUUCUUUGAAAUUGUGAAGGUGGUUAAAUCGAGUGCCUCGCUACUUUUUUAUUCUCUCUGUACCCUGUAUGCUUCUUUCGCCACGAACAAAAAACUUAUAUGCAUUCAGAUAUGGGAACGUUAAAUGAUUCCCGCACUUUCCGUAUCAAUUUCGUUCUUUGUGCUUGAACGCGACUCCUGGUUAUAUUAAAUCCGCGCGACAGCAUAACGGCGAGAGUGAAUUUUUAAAUUCCAAUAUCCAGAUCCAUAUCAAAAAAAAAAAAAAAAAAAAGAAAGAAAGAAAGAAAAAAAAAUGAAAGAAAGAAGAAGAAAAAGAUGAAGCGAUGAAAAGAAAGAGAACAUUGCAAAUAUCUAUGAUCAUUCUAUUUUUUUUUCUUCAUAAUUCGACAUAAUGACUCGUUUCCGUCAUCGUGAAUUUCUGGUAGCGAACUGUAUUAAGUAAGGUGAGCAAAGUUAUAUCGUGGUAAGUGUAAAUACAUAUAUGUGGUGUGAAAAAUCCUAAAUCGAAAUGGAAAUAAUUUUUUGAGCUUUCGAAAAUCGUGAACAAGAGUGGAUUUUCUACCCUCGAGUCGAAGAACGUGAGAGACGAAUACGAGAGUCAAGAAGAGAGAAUACAAAGUGCCUUCCAUUUUCCAGUCUUUCACCGUCUGGCCGCAAAUUGCUCCAAAUUCUUUAUUCUCGCCUCAUCCGAACCAUCUUUCACGCAUUAUUUUUAUCUUCUUUCGUCCAUGUCACUCGAAAGGAUUGUGAAGACAAUGACCCGAACUUUUCAACAGAAUCGUCUUCUUGGAAAAUUGAAUUCAGUCAAGAGAAAGAUGUAUGCCCUGCGAAAAUCCGAGCGAUUUCCGGUCAGAGCAAUGCGCCGCGUUCGACGAUGUGCCAUACAGCGGACAAUUGCUGAAAUGGUAUCCACAUUACGAUCCUAGCAGGCCGUGCGCUUUGAUCUGUCGUGGCGAGCAAUCGGUGGAGAACACGGGGAAUCGGCUCAGGCAGGAAACGUCCGUCGAAAAGACACUUCCGCACGACGCCACUGACGCUUUGCAGCUCGACAGCGAGGAAACGAUCGUGGUUCAACUCGCGGACAAAGUCGAGGAUGGCACCAAAUGCUACACCGACAGCAUGGACGUUUGCAUCAACGGUGAAUGCAUGAAAGUCGGUUGCGACCUGCGAGUGGGCAGCAACAAGAACACGGAUCCCUGCGGAGUGUGCGGAGGAAACGGAUCGAGCUGCCAGUCGCGAUACUCGUGGAGUUUGGAAUCGAUAUCCGCCUGCUCGAAAUCAUGCGGGGGAGGCUUCAAGAUUGCUAUGGCUGUGUGCAAGGCUAUCGGCCCAGACGAGAGCGUGGUAGACGACAGCUAUUGCGAUCCCGACAACAGACCAGAGAAGACCCUGAUGCCGUGCAACACGCACCCCUGCACCGCAAAAUGGGUAGCCGGCGAGUGGAGCAUGUGCAGCGCUAGCUGCGGGGGUGGAUCGAGGACCAGAACUAUUUUCUGUACCGAGGAGAACGGCAAUGAGACUACGAAGUUACCCGACCACAAGUGCAGCAACUCGCGCAAGCCUCAUAACCAAGAAACUUGCAACCCCAUCUCGUGUCCCAUGUGGGAGACCAAUAAAUGGAGCGAGUGCUCCAAGACUUGUGGCACUGGAGUCAGGACGAGGACAAUCGAAUGCAGGGACGCUAUUGGGUCGAUUUCAAAGGACUGCGAUCUCGCCGAACGACCGCACACCGAGCAGGAGUGUAAAACAAAUAUCCCCUGUCCGAUAUAUGGCGAGGAAAUGACGCAGCCGUUGAUGCAACCGUACCCACCUCCACCGGUGUCAGAAAAAUUGAUCGACCAACCGAUACCCUCGGAAUCCACAUAUACGAUCUACUUUGCCUGUGGCUGGUUGUAUCUGAGGUUCAUCGCGGAGGAAUGGUCAUCGUGCAGCGUCACGUGCGGCGAAGGGAUCAGGCAUCGCGAAGUCCGUUGCAAGAUAUACCUCGAGUUCAGUCGAACGAUCGCCGAUCUGCCGGAUCGACAGUGCUCGGGACCGAAACCGAUCGAGAAGGAGAAAUGCGUGAUGGCGCCGUGCAAUGUCAUUGAAAACAGUCUCACCUACGGGAUCGACACUGUCGACGAUAGUGGAUACGCGGAGCCAAGCCUGGCUGACACUUACAGAUCAUCCUCGAGUGGUUCGAGCGGAAGUGGUUACGACGGUGGGAUUAAGGUCGCUCCAGGAAGCGACGUGCAGACCACAUACUCGUGGAAGGAAGCUGGUUACACACCUUGCAGCGCGACUUGCCUCGGAGGUUCUCAGGAGCUGAUAGUCAAUUGCGUGCGAGACGACACCGGAAAGACCGUCAUGCCUUUUCUUUGUUCCGCUGAAACGAAACCGGAAGUUAGGAUAAGAGUUUGCAACGACCAUCCUUGUCCACCUAGAUGGAAUUUUAGUGAAUUUUCACCGUGCAUGAGUCCAUGCGGAAUCGGCAUACAGACACGUGAUGUUACCUGCAUACACGAGGUGAUACGCGGCACAGGUAAGAUGGUUCCAGUGCCAAACCACAUGUGUCCGCAGCCACAGCCAGCGGAUAGACAAUACUGUAAUGUAUGGGAUUGUCCAGUUAAAUGGAAUACCGGCAAAUGGGGCAAGUGCUCGAAAACUUGUGGAGGAGGUGUAAAGAAACGAAAAGUGAGUUGCGAACAAAUAAUGGCUCAGGGACGUAAACAAAAUCGAAAAGAUAGUGAAUGCCCGCCUCAAAAACCCGCCUCGGAGAAGCCUUGCAACACCAGAGCGUGUCACGAUAUGGAUGCAGGUUCCCUGCCUAUAAUUACCAGUCAAAAUACAACGUAUAACCAGACAGACAUGAACGCGAAGGUAGAUUUAAAGAUCGGCGGUAUUGCGAAGAUUUUUCAAGGCACAUCCUCUAUAAAAAUUCGUUGUCCCGUCAGGAAAUUUGACAAAGCACAGAUCACAUGGACCAAAGAUAAUAAAGAAUUAAGGAAAUCAAGGAAAUAUAAAAUUAGCAGAAAGGGGGCGUUAAAGAUAAACGACAUAACAUCCUCGGAUGCUGGUGUUUACGCGUGUAUAGCCGGAAAUUCUCAUGCGGAGACACAAUUGGUAGUGAAAUUUCGUUCAAAGGAACAGAUAAGCAGCGAAGAGUAUUUACGAUUAAGUAAUUCCGUCCAUCGACAACGAAAUGCAAAUUUGGACUCGGCGCCUGCUAAUUCAGGCGAAAGUCUCUAUACUGAUCGAGCAGUUGAUUUUCUAAUAGCCGCGUACGGAAACCGUUUUGUUCCCAUCGAUAGCGAAGAUUUAAGUCAUGAACGAGCAGUCCCUAGUAAUCCAACGAGAAAACCACAUCAGAAAAAACAGAAAACUAGCCCAACGCCGCCGGAUUCUACGAUGAUGCACAAAGAACACGUUGUAACAUCGUUGAAUCAGCCAGGGUACCACGAAUCCGUGGAAUCGACUGCACCCUCGAGAUCAAGUGCCUCUACUCUUAUACCGCACUUAACUUAUUUUAUAUCAACAUUAAAGGAAUAUUGGCCAUUCCAAAGUGACAGUUCUGCGGGAAGAUCUCACAGGACAGCCCCAGUGACAUACGUCGAUGAUGUAAAGAAAGAAGCGACAAACUUUGCGACAAAACGUACAAUGCCCGACAAAAAUUCCGAUUUGAGAUACCAAAAUAUGAAAGAUAAUUUGGAUACGUUAUAUAGAAAUACCGCGAUUCCUGACGAAACUUUCGGACCGGAUGAAGAAAGAAUAUUCAUCGAUGUCGAUCCAUAUGAUUUAGACGAAUCUAUAUUUGGAUUACAACACAGUGAUCCGGUGAAAAUCACUCCUGUUGUGACUAAAGAUCAUUUAGUCACGCCUACGAAAUCUGAUAUAGAUUAUGUUGAAGAAUCUUUGAAAAAUAUCAAAAGACAAUGGCACGAUAAAACAGAUGUUAAAAAUCAUUGGAGUUCCACGCCUAAAAAUCAAAAUAAAGAAUCUAUAAAUCUGGCAACCAGUUCGGAGAAUAUUGGUUUGGAGAUGUAUUAUGUUCCAGAUUCAAAUAUCAAACAUAAUAUAGAGAAAUUCGAAGAAUCUCACGAUAAAAAUCAAUCUGAUCGAAAAAAUUAUGAUAAUUUUGAAAGUGAACACGUUUCUUCUACGAUGUCGCUUAAAGAAACGGAUAUAAUUUCGAAAAAACCGGAUAUCGAUGACGAGGAAAUGAAAGUUUUAAAUAAAACGGAAGAAUAUGGAUAUAUUUUUGAGGAAGAAAUGAAGAAACGAAAAAUUUAUGUUGAAAAUGACACGGAUAAAGAUAGUAUUACUCGAGAAGCAACGACCAGAGAUUUGGAAGAUGAUUUGAUCGAUUUGGCGCGAAUGGAAGAUCGAGAACCCGUAAAAAUUGAAAAAAAUAUAAAGAAUUUGUCGCGAAAUCAAGAAGAUCAUAACAAUUCGUCCGAAGAUGUGAAUAAUGAAGAAAUACAAAAAACUAAUAAAUCUUUGGAUAUCACGACUAUCACUUUUAUUGAAUCAAAUAUUACCGCUGAUCCUAGGAUUGCAUCUCUUAGUGUCUUAGAUACUACGGAAGAUCUAGUUUUCGAGUGGCUAACGACAGAUUGGUCAAAAUGCUCCCAAACAUGUGGAGGAAGCGGAUUUCAAAUGCGAGGAGCUCAGUGUACAGUUCGCGCAGCAAAAUUGAUUGGGAACACAACUCGUACACCACCACGAACAGUAAUAGGAGCGACAUUGUGUGAAGAUGCUGGACAUCCGGUACCUCAAAAAGUCAGACCUUGCGGAUUUGGUAAAUGUCCUCAAUGGCACACAACUGAAUGGACUUUGUGUGAAACAUCCAGAUGUUUUAAUUGGAAAACUGCAAUGCAAAGACGUGAUGUUACUUGUCGCUUGAUUGAGGAUAUGGAAAAUGGACAACAAAAUAUUACCUUACUCGAUCCUAACAAAUGUGAUGAUACUAUAAGGCCUCUUCAAAGGCAAGAAUGUUAUAAUGACGCCUGCAAAGGUGUCUGGAGAGUUGGAGAAUGGUCAGAGUGUACAGCAUCAUGCGAAGAAGACGGUAUCAAAUAUAGAAUCUUACAAUGUGUUUGGUAUGGUACCAAGAAACCAGCUGGUAAUGCAUGUAGAGAUAUUCCACGACCUCCGGUCAUGAAGACGUGUAGAGGUCCACCAUGUCCUCAAACACCUGAUGAAUGCAAAGAUCAUUCACAACUCUGUAGCAGAGUGAAAACAAUGAAUAUGUGCAGGGUGCCUCUUUAUCAGAAGCAAUGCUGCCAAUCAUGUCAUUAGGCCCAAAUAAUCGAUAGCAAUUAUUGAUAUCGAAAAAAAAUGCUCUAGAUAAAAAUUGAUAAUGAGAGGUGCGCGCGAGAAGAAUGUCAAAAUGGAGACAACAAGACAAAAAUUAUCUUCGCGAAAACGUUUACUAAAACGUUUCGUGUAAUUUAUUGUUGCUUGCUUGUUGAAAGAAUGUAAGAAUAAAAGAUUACAUUUGAAUCUACGAACAUAUGCAGCUACAAAAUAUGUAAGAAAUAUUGAAGAAAUAGUAUCGACCAAAUUACUUCCGCUGGUAAUUGUUCCCAUCCUUUUUCCAUACCCUUAAAGUCUGAACGUCAGAUUGCACCCGUUAAAAAUCUAAUUCCUAAUUGUAUACUAAAUUUAUAAUUUGUGGACAUGUAUCAUGUGUAGUUGGACACGAUUCUUAAUUGCGCACGCUCAAUCCUCUAAGAAGAAUUAGAAAAUCUUGGCAUUCAUCAAAAUUAAUAUUAAAAAAUUAUAUUGUUGAAAUUAAAUAAAAAAAGAAAUAUUAUAAAAUAAUCAUAUUCCUGAAAGGAACUACUGACGUUUUUUAUCGUGAAAUGAUACGUCAUCAAAAUUCGUCUAACGUCUUUGAUGUUACGAAAGACGAGCUUUAUAAGCUGUUCAAAUUUUAGAUAAAAAUGUUACAUAUGGGUAGGAGGGUGAACGGAACACUAAUCUUAAUCGCACUAAAAGAUAGCACAAAAAUUCAUUCUUCGAAGCUUUAUUUUUUUACAUGUAUUUCUUGAAUGACGCACGAUCAAUCGGUUCACGAAAAUGCGCGCGGUUCUCGUCAUCAUCAUUUUUAUCGAAGACUGAAAAAUGCUAUAUAUUUCUUCUGUAUAAGUUCAUAAAAUUCACCAUUCCCAUCAGGCGUUAACGAGAAUCGAGGAAUUCAUUUUCAUUUCUUGAUCCAAAGAAUCUUCACACACAUUCCGCUGUACCCUUCCAGAUAAAGAGAUGUGUUAUACGCAUCUUGUUAUGUUUUUAUUGGAUUAUAUUUAUUAUAACGUUAUAUCUACUUAGGUUCGAUGAUACACGAUAUAAAUUAUUAAAUGAAAAAUAUUAAGUUAAUGAAUAAUGAAAUAUAAAAGUUACUAACAAUAAGUUAAAAAAUUUAAUAUUAUGCGCCUAUAAGCGCCUCUUGAGGCGUACGUAAGCCAAUAGAUUCUAAGCAAUAAAAUAUAUAGGUAUUGUAAUAUACUAUUUUGUUAAUAACCUCUGGCGAAAAUUCGUUAACAUGACGUUCCAUUAUUAUAUAAAAAUGGCUCAAAAAAUUUUAUUUAUGUAUCGUAUGAUUAAAAUUUUUAUAUUUAUUUUAAACUACUUUAAACUAUGUUAAUUACAAUAAUUUAAUUUUUGUAAUAUUUUUAAUUUCUUUUAUUUAUUAUAUAUAUAUAAAUUUUUAAUGAAAAUAUUAUCUAAUUUCUUAAUUAUAAUAUAUAUAAUAUUAUUUUUCUAAUUUUACGUUCAUGUAACUCUGUUUAACUCUAUUUUCUUAUUCUGAUAUUGUGAACAAAUUUUCGCUAUCAACGAAUUUGCCUCAACACAGCUAGACAGUUUGCCAAAACGAACUGAUAUUAAUGAAAUGAAAAAAAGAUAUAAAUAAAUUAGUAUAUUAUUAAAAUUGAAACAAAAAAAAUUAUAUAUUUGGGUGUGUGUAUAAUGUAUAAUAUAUAUAAUAUAUAUUAUAUAUUAUAUAUUAUAUAUAAUAUAUAAUAUAUAUUACAAGUUGCGUAAAUAAUGUAAAAGCACACGCGGAUGAUUUCACUUUAAACGCAGGUAUAAAUCUAUUAUGCAAGAUCGAAAUAUAUUGUCUUAUAGUACAUUUAUAAAUAAAUUCUGUACUAUUAUAUUAUAUUAUUACCAAUAUAUUUCGAUAUAUUUAAUUUAAUUUAUAGAGUUGAAGUUAACAAUAAUUACUAUUCCACUCAAGUAAUCAUGAGAAAUAUGUUUCUUUAAAAUCUUUUAGCAAUAACACACAAUUUGGCAUGAAUUGAUUUUCAAUACCUGCAUUUUUGUAUAUACCACCAUCUAGUUAUGUAAAAUGAUUCCAUAUUAUUAUACAAAGAGCAUUAUUAUUCAUUAUAUCUAUGUAAAUAUGUAACUGCCUAAAUACGAAUAAAACCAGAGGAUAUAUCGCUGCACAGUAUCCUAA